ACCAGUUAAUUCGCCGUCUACUGUUGUUAAUCACGCUAGUUCAACGUUCUCAUGGCAUUCCUCAGCUCGCUCAAGUUGAAGAUGAGGCGGCGGAGGAGACGCUGCCACCCCAAUGAAAACGCCACCGCCACCGCCACAGCCACCACCACCCCCGACGGCGCCGCAACCAAACCCAACGAUGACCUCCCUCACGACGUCGAGAUUGAUCAGAAGAAGAUGAGACGAUUUUCUUGGGGCGAGAUAUCGGAUCUCACCCGGCCGAUCGGAUCCGGGGGCUUUAGCACCGUCUACCUCGCCCAGCUCCCGGAUUCCACCGUCGGCGCUGUCAAGAUCCAGAACUGCAGCAGCGAGCGUCUCCGCCGAGCUUACGGCGAGGAGCUUAAAAUCUUGCGCCGCCUCCGCCAUGAUAACAUCAUCAAGCUGCUUGGCCACUGCGAUGAUCGCUCAGAGGAAGGUGUCUUGGUUCUUGAGUUUGUUCCCAAUGGAAACUUGCGAGAGAAGCUCCACAACUCGAGCUCGAUCCUGCCGUGGAGAAAUCGGAUGGCCAUAGCGUUCCAGCUCGCCCAGGCAAUCGAAUAUCUCCACGAGCAAUGCAGCCUUCACAUCAUCCACGGCGACAUCAAGCCUUCAAACGUCCUGCUGGACCCCCAACUCAACUGCAAGCUCUGCGAUUUCGGAUCGGCCAAAAUGGAGUUCUCGUCGAGCGUGGCGCCAGGGAGCUCUUGCUCCGCCAAAUUACUGAUGUUGGGCUCGCCGGGCUACGUGGAUCCUCACUACCUCAGCACUGGGAUCGCCUCGAAGAAGAACGACGUGUACAGCUUCGGAGCGUUGGUUCUGGAACUCAUCACCGGGAUAGAAGCAUUUGGUGGAGGAAGGCGGCUGCAGCCGCCAGGGGAUGAUGCGGCGGAGGUGGCGGAGAUGGUGGAUGCGCGUCUUAAUGGGGAGUUUGAAGUGGAAGAAGCCAGGGUAAUGGCGUCUAUCGCAGCGUCAUGCCUUGCCAAUUCGCCUGCCCUUAGGCCUUCCGUCGCCCAUAUCCUGUCUUUAAUCAAGGACAAAAUUGCUUCAAUCUCGUUUCUAUUUUCUACCACUUCUUCGAAUAAAUGAAAUUGUUAAGCAUAAACUUAUGGGUUCAAUCCUCGAGAUCUUAGGAUUCACGGAGAAUGAGUAAAGUAGUGUUGUCAAUUACAA